AUGUCAUUCAAUAUUGGAAGUUCACCUCAAUACAAUAGAAGAGGUAGUGGUGGCGGUGGCGGUGGAAACAGAAGAGGUAGUGGUGGUGGAGGUGGCGGUGGUAGUGGCGGUGGAAAUAGAUCGAUGCAAACCAAUCCAGAGGACGAUGUCAAAUCAAAGUUGACCUCAUUGAUUGUUCGUAUCGGUGACAAAUCGACAACUGCACUCAAUUCGAACAUCGAAGGUUUGGUCGGUGUAUUACUACCGGAUCUAUCAAAGAACAGUUCAACCAUUCAAAAUAUAUUAUUCAAAUGUAUUUCACAAUUACCUUAUAAAACACCAAUCUAUGCUACCAUAGUCGGAAAGAUGAAUUUGAAGAAUCAUGAAUUUGGUAAAGAGAUUGUUUGUACUUUGGUUGAUGAAUUAAAUGAUGCACUUGCUAAACAAAAGUUUGCAUCUGCCAAGUUGUUGAUACGUUUCAUUGCAUGUUUGAUUGCUACCAAUGUAUUGUUACCCUCUGCAAUCUUUGAGGUAUUCGAGACAUUGAUGUCAGUCUUGACACUACCACAAUUCACACAAGCCAAGUCUGAUUUCUAUAUUUAUCUUGUCAUGACAACAAUUCCAUGGGUUGCACAAUAUAUUCAACCAACUCAUCAACAACAACUCGAUACCGUUUUAGAGGAAUUAGAAACAUACUUGGCAAGUAGAUCUGUAACAGAAAAGAAAUUCUUCCAAUCAUUUACAGAGAAUGAUGAUAGAUUAGAGCUAUUGAUGAAGCAAAUCAAAACACAAAAGGAAAACAAUUGGAAUUGCGAUUCAAUCAUACAAAUCAACAAGUCAUUCGAUUUCACCGAAGCUAAUCAACAUGUUCUAACUCCAAUUAAUAUACCAACUGAAGAUUCUAAUUUCAACUAUCCAUUAUAUACAAACCCAGUAUUUAGAUUAUUUGAUGAUGGUACCGAUGGACAGUUGAAACCAAUCGAUAGACACGUUAUUGAAGAGUAUAUCGUCGAUAUUCUCUACUUCUUCAACGGUAGUCAUAAAGAAGCUGCUAAAUUCAUCUACUCUUUACCAGUUCAAACAGAGAUUGAUCAUAUUGUAGUAGAAACUAUAUUAGCAGAAGCAUUUAAAUUACCACAUUCAUCAUUUAAAUCGAUAUACUACUCUGUUAUGUUUGUCGAUUUGUUCCGUGACCAACAUGCCACUAUCAUUCCGGUUUUCGCAUACGCAAUCAAUAUGUUGUAUGAGAAUAUCGAUCAAAUGGAUACAGAGAUAGUAAGCAGAUUCUCAUUGAUGUUUGCACACCAUCUCAGUAACUACGAGUUCAAGUGGGUCUGGUCGGACUGGAGUGUUCCACUCACCGCAGCAUUGGGUGAGAACGGUGGUGAGAACGACAUGCUCAUCCUCCUCCAACAUGAAGAAUCAAAAGAUUUAGUUUCACAAUCACACAAAUUGCUGUUGUCAUUCAAACAGAAAGAACCGAUUGAGAAUAUCAUUCAACAGGUCGCUGCCAUUCCAGAGAAUAUCAAUGUCGUCGAAUUGGUCACUAAAUGUAUUUUACAUAUUGGAUCGACCAGUUUCUCUCAUCUUACCUACGCUAUCGAGCGUUAUGUCACCUUGUUCAAGACCACUAUCAAGUCGAAUGAAGACCGUUUCGAGUGCUUGAAGAGCACCCUCCAAUUCUGGCAGUCAUCACACCAACAUGUUGUUAUCGUUGUCGAUAAGCUCAUUACCUAUAAGAUCUUGGCACCGAUCGACCCGAUCGCUAUGCUGCUCUCUGGUGAUCCAAAGAAUGGUGUUGUCGUCACCGAUGCUUACGUGUGGGAGAUCAUCUAUAACUCGAUCGAGAAGACCAAUAUCAUCAUCGACACACUCGCCAAGGACUACGAAGUAUCGAUGAACUCUGCGGAGAAGGAAUUGAAGCUCAAGAGUGCACAAACCGAACAACAGACACUCUUCACAACUAUGUUCAAAUCACUCGACGCCCUCCUAAAGAAUCCACACAUCGAUCCAGUCUCCACCAAGAUCCUCUCUGGUCAUCUCAAAUCGACUGCCAGACGUUAUCUCAACCAAUUGAAACCAUUGUUUGAAACAAACACUGAAAUCCUUGAAAUCGUUAAACAAUUUACACAAUAA